CGAUACGCUCAGUUGGUGGUUGUAGGCAGGAGUAAUUGGAAUAAUCGAAAUUCUCUCAGAUAAGAUAAGCGAGCAAUCGGACAAGAUGCGAACGCUUAUCGAGCACACACUAAACGGGGGUCUAUUUUAUAUGCAUACAUAUGUGUAAAAUGUUACGAUGAUAUGUAUCACUAUAGUAAUGUUUGAUUGGACGAGAAGAGCAUAAAUGAGGCCUUAGGCGCAACCAGAAUGAAAACUAUUGGUCAAGUAAUGAACGCGUGUCGUACUAUACAUUUUGAAAAUUAACCGACUGGGUGUAUACAAUGUAUUCCUAACGAGCUUUGUGGUUUUGUGCUCCUUUGAGGAAGAAUUAUACUUCAUAUAAUCAGAGAUCGAUCGUCAUUCUUAUAUAUCAAGGAAUAUUACUGUUAGGCGUUAACAUGAAUCCGACGAGAGGAAAGCAACCAGGAUCGACACGCAAACCAGCAACUCGUCAAAGAUUUCAAAAUUCUGCGUCGAAGGAGCCUGUUCAUGUUUAUUGUCGUUUGAGGCCUAUGCAAUAUCCUACGGAUGUUUCGUGCAUGAGAGUUAUUUCUGACACAACUAUAAACAUUAGUCCUCCUGAAUCAGCCAGUAACUUGCGGAAUGGUACUGCAAAAGAAAUACAAACAAUAUUUAGCCGGGUCUUUACUGCAGAUGUUUCUCAGAGAGAAGUAUUCCGUGUAGUUGCUCUUCCUCUGGUAGAAAAUUUAAUCCAGGGAAGGAAUGGUCUACUGUUUGCUUAUGGCGUCACUGGCAGUGGCAAAACAUAUACAAUGAUGGGAGAUGCACGGGAUGGUGGAAUAAUGCCUCGAUGUCUUGACGUUUUGUUCAAUAGCAUUGCUAAUUAUCAGGCUAAAAAAUUUGUAUUCAAGCCAGACAAACUCAAUGGUUUCGAUGUGCAAAGUGACGCAGAUGCUAUGUUAGAUCGUCAAAAUGAGUUGCAUACUGGUCUUAUGAAUCAACGUAAUGGAAAAAAUGGCAAAGUAUGUAAACUUGACAGUGAUGGAGAAACCAAUACUCCCAUUAGAGAAACUGACGAGUCAUGUAUUCUCUCAGUAGAUCAGGACAACGUAUAUGCUGUGUUCGUUACAUAUGUGGAAAUUUAUAAUAACAGUGUAUACGAUCUCCUGGAUGAUGAGGAUGUCAGAUCAAAGCCUCUGCAGAGUAAAAUUGUCCGUGAGGAUGCAUACAAAAACAUGUAUGUCCACGCUGUAACAGAAAUUGAAGUUAAAAGUGCUGAUGAAGCUUUCGAUGUGUUUUAUCGGGGACAAAGAAGACGUCGUGUUGCUCACACAGCACUGAAUACUGAAUCAAGCCGAUCGCAUAGUGUCUUUACUAUACGACUCGUUCAGGCUCCACUGGACUCUCAAGGCGAGCAGGUCGUUCAAGAUAAACGUGUCGUCUGUAUAAGUCAACUGUCCCUAGUUGAUUUGGCUGGGAGUGAACGUACAAAUCGUACAAAGAAUACAGGACAGCGUCUUCGCGAAGCAGGAAACAUUAAUAAUUCCCUCAUGACACUUCGAUCCUGCUUAGAGAUCCUAAGAGAGAAUCAAUCUCAGGGUACUAAUAAGAUUGUGCCUUAUCGAGACUCCAAAUUGACUCAUUUGUUCAAAAAUUACUUUGACGGCGAAGGUCAAGUCAGAAUGAUCGUCUGUGUUAAUCCUAGAGCAGAAGAUUACGACGAAACGAUUCAAGUAAUGAAGUUUGCAGAAAUGACCCAGGAAGUACAAGUAUCAAAGCCUUCAGCAUCAAAGAUAGAUUUGGGUUACACACCUGGCCGGAGAUACGCCAACAAGAUAUUCAAAGAAGCUCGUGCUAGAUUAGAAAAGCAGGGUCAACCGAUGGCUGCUGAACUUGAUGUUGACCUAGGUUUAGUCUACAGUCUUGGUGGACCAUUUCCAGAGCUGGAGCUCAAUGGACCACAUAAUGAUCAAAUAAUUACUGAACUCAUGCGCUUUUUGGAACAACGCAUAGAGAAGAGAAAUAUCUUGCGUGCAGAUUUACAAAAAAAGCAGGAUGACUUCAGAAAGAUGCUGGUUACCGCUGAGCAAGAACUUUUGGCGCUUAAAAUUGAAAAUGCAUCUCUAAACGCAGCCAAUGCACAAGAGAAAAAGAAGAUAACAGCCUUAGAGAAUCAUUUGUAUAAGACGGACUCUCAGAUAGACAGUCUGCUUAGGAAAUUGAAUGGUGCAAACGAAACGAUUAGAAGUCUCCAACGGGAACUUCGUGAAAAAGAUAUGCUUCUGAAUCAACGUAUGAUCGAGAAGCAACGAACGAAACAAAAGUACAAUACCAAAAUACAAGAAGAAACAGACAAGAUAUACAGAGAGCUUCAAAUGAAGCAUCGUCAGGAGCAGCAAUAUCUUCAGAGCAAAAUGAAGGACAAGGAGAAUAAGUUAAAACUUGUUAAGAAAAUUUUGGUGGAUGAGAACGGAAGUGUACCGUCAACAGCCUUAUCCAGGAAUUCACCACCACCGCCCUCCACUGCGGGUGACACUGAUAAUACAGCCAGUUGCAGAACACCUGCCGGUACAGAUUCGCGGUCGAGAAGGGACAAAAUUGCUGUAGUAAAUCUAAGACAUAGAAGAUCACAAAGUGCAGACAGGUGGGUGGAUCAUCGACCUGGUGCCCUUGUACCUGUAGGAACUAUAUUGCAGCCUCUAAUGCACCGAAGACGCAGUGUAUCCCGACUGAGUGAUCCCAAGGAAAUCACAGAAGGUGCCUCCAAGUAUUGCCUAAUAGCCCAGGAACAGGACACCGAUGGUGAACUCGAGACUAAGUUAUACAAGGGAGACAUCUUGCCUACAAGUGGUGGUGGUGCUCAGGUAGUUUUCAACGACGUGGAGUGUCUCAAGCAAAUAUCCCCCACUGUUAACAGAAAAAGAAGUGGUCGAAAUAGUAUCCAGUCCGAAGGCCCAGAAAACAUUUCUCCAGUUAAACAGAUGCAUUCAAAAAGACCUCGAGUCUGAAAACACUGGGAUAUGCGUGUCCUACUUGCAUAAGAAAAAUACUAUGAGAAUUUAUCUUUUAUAAUGAACGUGUAACGUUCAUCGAGUCAAAUAGAAUUUGCUGUUUAUUUAUUAUUUAAACAUUUAUCACCAUAUUCAAGACAAAACAAGAAUUCUCAGAAAGUAUCUUUGGAGUGGUAAGUCAUAAUAAAUCGGGAGUAUCAAUUUA